AUGCCUGAGAGACGCACAGCACAUAAUAGAGGUGGAAAGACGGCGAAUCGGUCGGCUAUGAAUCGGGCGGUUGAGCCAAAAGCGACUGCCAAGAAUGGCGCUGCCUCAAAGAUGGCGUUCGUUAAUAGGCGAUUCGACCCUGUCGAGUGUCAGAAACGCAUGGAACGCGCCGGCCGCUUUGAGAGCCUUGAGUGUCAGAGCACCGGUACUCUGGGAUGGCAAGAAAAACUGGCGUUGUUAAGUUCUACGCAGAAAGUGCAAGGUCGCAGUACCGCUUUAGAAAAGCAGUACUUGCGACUUUGUGGUGCCCCCGAUCCCGCUUUGAUUCGGUCCCCAGAGGUUUUAAAGGUCGCAUUAGUGCAUAUUUUCACAGAGUUCUUCGGGCGCGUUCGUCGGGAUGGGGAUAUGGCAUCGUACCGGUAUAUAGAAGAGCAGCUCAGAGCGAUCAGACAGGAUUAUGUGGUGCAGGGCAUCAGGGAUCAUCAGUUGCUCUAUGUGUAUUAUGUCAACAGCAUCGUCUCCUUGGUCUUUGGUGAUCUUGGGCAGUUCAACCAGUGCCAGUGCCAAAUGGCAAUUCUGGAACGGGAGUUAGACACUCCAAUGUUGGACAAUGAAUUUCAUCGAACCUUGUACGCAGUAAUAAACAAUUUAGAUUGGACUAAACACCGGCAGUUACUGGGUGAGUCGAGUAGCGCUUCGACCAAUGUGAAAAAAUGUUCUGAAUUUGUGGACGCGGUGAAGGCUUGUUGCGACGAGCGGAACUAUGCAAAGUUGUUCCGGUUGGUUACCAAUCAGAAUACGCUUUGUUCGGCACCGAGGGAAGAGUCAGAGUUGCGUGAAGAGCGUUUACAUGAACUGUAUGCUUUGAAAAAGGCGAUGUCGUCUCUGUUCACGUUUGAGCAAAUGAGUGACUGCUUUGCUGGUCUUUAUUCCAAUAUGCCCUUCCUCGCUCGCGCUCUUGUUCGUACGUGCCUCCCUUCCUGGCGCAUUCGGUACCUCUGCAUGAUCUCCAAGUCGCAGUAUGUUUGCGCUCUCCCAGAUGUUCGAAAAUGGCUCCGAGAUUCUUCAGACGAAUCCUGCCUACAAUUCCUGCGGUCACAAGGGGCCGUUUUCGUCAACGGUAACGACCAACUCAUCGACUGCACCAAGUCCCUCCAUAACUUCCUAAAUUCCCCUCUCCUCGGCUCGAAGAAUAAGGCCAUGGGCUAA